GGCUGUGCAUGCACGGCCCGUCAUUGUGCCUGCCUGCGGCCGGUACCGGUCGACUGCCGCGGAGCACAUGCGGAGCGGUUCGGAACACGGAGGCCGGGGGAGUAAGCCCGUCCCCGGGUGGGGGAGGGGGGAGGGGGGAGGGGGGUGGGCCUGUGGAUCUGAAACGGCAGCGGAACGUGGGCGAGAAGGCGGGCUCAGAAAGGCAGGAAGGGAAGGGAAGGGAGAGGCACUUCGUGCUUCGGCCGCGGUCGUGAAGUGGCUCGCGUUUAUGGGCUGGGGCUCGCUCGGGGUGGGGCUGGGGCUGGGGCUGGGGGUGGGGUCGACGGAAGCGAUGAUGACCCAAGGCGAUGACGAUGAUGAGGCGUUUGAAAUUCGAAUGCAGUGAGCAAAUGAAUGAGUGCGUGAGUGAAUGAAUGAAUGAAUGGUGGCAGUGAACGAGCCCCGGGCCGAGGGGAACGUUGAGCGGAUGCAGCAGCAAGCGGUGGACUGAGCGAGUGAAUGAAUGGAUGAACGAGUCGCGCUUUCCCGAUCGUAGCCACGUCUGGCGUCGCAGUCGAGCAGAACACUGUUUCUGAUCCGAACGCAGAGAUUGCGUGCAGCAGCAGCACCACCAUCUGCGUUGGUGCUGGUAGUAUACUACUAGUCGUCUGACGGGCUCAUAGCUCUGACGACCGCGAGCUUCGCAGCGCAGCAGCAGGCAGCCGAGAAAGUCCUUCCUCCCUCCCUCGCUCGCAUUGCUCACAGCAAGCGCCUCCGACGGUCGCAGCAAAAUGCCACAGAUCCCUCCCCUUCUGCUUCCGCUGUCUUUCCAUUUCCCCAGCGCCGCUUCCCUUCUGGACUGGACUCGGCUGCGCAGGACGACGAGGAAGACAGAAAGAAGGCAACGAGGCCCAAAGGAGAGGGCCAGGAAACUUUCGUUGCGCCGAGCGGGAUGGCAAAAGAUGAGACUGCGAGAGGAGAGAGAAGAGGACAGCUUCCGGGUAAUGAGGUGCUGGCCGAGUGAUCCAGAUUAUCAUGAUGAUGGGAAGAAACUCUGUAGCAGCAGCAGCAGCUGCUGCUGGUGUACGAGGUUUCCAGUUGCCAGGAAGAACUUUCCAACCUUCCGACUAAGACUGUUCAUGUGCGCUCAGAGACAGACGAAGAAGGAACGAUUUUGAGAGAGAGAGAGAGAGAGAGAGAGAGAGAGAGAGAGAGAGAGAGAGAGAGAGAGAGAGAGAGAGAGAGAGAGAGAGGUCCGGAGAUCUGGGUGCGAUUCGCCACUGUUGCGUUUCUCACAUGAUUCGUCCGGCCAUCGAGAUAUACACAACAACCCGGGCAACCAACCAACCUCCUGACGCCCGCCGAGGCCGAGAGCUCUAGAUUACAUCCAGGAAAAGCAGGGCCUGCGUUUCUGAAGACCCCAGUCUCCACUUCGGACGUCGCCGCUGGAAAGAGCUUCUUCCAGAGUGCUCUGAUCCGCCGACGCCCGCAGCCCAUUCGCUCCAUGUCAUUCGUGUCCUUCUAUAACUGUAGAGCUCUCUCACUCGCUCCGAUUCCGAUGCACGGCCCAGAGUCACGCACGCUUGAGUUCAUGCUAUCUAGCUAGGAUCCAUAACCUGAACCUCGUCCAAUCACCGACCCACCUUUGCCUCUACCUGGCUAAAGAAAAGUCGCCCAGAUCUUCCAGCAGCCCGAGGAAAAACAUGAAGCUCGAGCUCAAUCUCAAUCUCAGUCUCAAUCUCAGUCA